AUGAUUGACUGUCACUGUCAUUUACCUUCCAGGUAUAAAUGUGUUUUAAAUCUCCAUGAAAAUGGUACUUCUGAUUCUUUUUAUAGACAACUUACUAGUUUUGGAAUACAUCCUUGGUAUUGUGGAGAUGAAAAUCUUUGUCAAAAACAACUUCAAAUACUCGAACAAUUAGUGAAACAAAAUCAAAUAAUUGCAAUUGGAGAAUGUGGAUUGGAUAAUAAAUUAACAUCUAACUCAGUUAGUACUCAAAAGAAAUGGUUCUUGAAACAAAUUGAAUUAAAUCAACAUUAUAAUCUACCAGUUUAUAUACAUUGUGUUAAUAUGGUAAAUGAAAUUAUUAUAUUAAAAAAGAAAUGGAUUAACCAACACUGGAUUUAUCAUGGGUUUAAUAGUUCAUAUGAAGUUGCAAAAAAAUUAAUAUCUAUGAAUUGUUGGUUAUCAUUUGGAAGAGUUGUAUUAAACAAUAACAAUAUUAAAAUUAAUACUUCUCUCAAACUUGCAUUUGAAAAUAAAAGAUUACUUAUAGAAACUGACAAUGAUGAAACUCAUUUUACAGAUUUACAGUGUGUUUAUAGUGUAAUUGCAAGUAGAUUAAAUUGUUCAAUUGAUGUUCUUAUUAAUGAAGUACAUGAAUCUUUACACCAGCUCCAAAUCCUUUGA